UCGUGCAAAAAUGCACCUGAAAUACAGUAAUAUGUUUACGUGAAGAAACCUCGGCUCGUGCAGGUAUAAUAAUGAUGGAUGAUAAACAGGAUGAAAAAUCUCGGAGAACUGUGCUUAUUGCUAUGGAUGGAAGUAAACAUGCACUGUUUGCAUUCGAAUGGUACGCUGAAAAUGUUUACAAGGAGACUGACGAUGUGAUUAUGGCCUACUGUGCGGAAUAUAACAUUAACAUUCCAACGACAGUACUCCUAGCCAGUCCCGCUACUGUUGAGGCCAUGGUAGAACAGCACGAGGAAUCUGUGAAGCAAGUGUUCAAGAAACUAGAUCAUGUUGCCAAGAAAUACAACAUAAAACAUACACUCGAACGUGUUGAAAGACCACAUAGACCAGGGGAGGCAAUCGUAAAAGCUUCACAUCAACAGAACGUUGAUUUGAUCAUUACCGGAACUAGAGGUCUCGGCACAAUACGGCGUACCAUCAUGGGUAGCGUCAGUGAUUACAUCAUUCAUCAUGCGCACGUGCCAGUUAUCGUCUGCAAGCAUGCAGACGAACACCACAAAUUAAAGUGACAUUGACCGACAAUAGCUGCUUUGCUGGACUAGCUCAAACACAACAGCAUCAGUUUUGUUUGAAAAAAAAAAUCAUAAAAACAUGACAGUUUGCUCAAACUCGAACAGCUCCUUAUCAACGCCAAUGACCCUUUUUAUUAUGCGAAAAGUAGAGAGUGAACAUUUAAGAGAUACAAUGGGUUGAGAUUUUAGUAAUUUUACAGUCCGCUUUUUCAUAUCUCCAUACUUUGAUAUAACUUAUGGGUAAAACAAAUAAUUUCAUUCAAUUCAAAUAUCUGAGUCUAAGAUAUGAAAUAAAUCUCACUAUCAUGUCAAUAUUUCAAGAACGGUUUCCAACCUGUUGUUUUCUAGAAGAUUUGUGUCGAGCACAGUGCAAUACAAAACAGGAGGGCCAAUGUGACCAAAUGUCAUCAAUAUUAUUGCUCUCCGCAACAAUGUGAAGGUCACUAAGAAAGAAUUUAAGUACUCCACGCUCAAACACAAUCUUCAAGGUGAUGUCAAUCAAAAUUCACUCAAUGUAACUUUAUUUUAUACUACUGUUCUAAAUGUGUUACCUCAAAUUAAAAUAUAGAUCUAUUA